ACAGCUUCAGUAGCCGUUGACGGCUCUUGUAGUUGACGGAUCGAUUACGUUUCUAUAACAUUUUAUUUUCCCUUUUUCAUUUGUUUUGUGGGGGGGAAAAAAAGAAAGAAAAAAAAAAGAAAAAGGAGUACAAGUAAGCUUCACUGCACACACACCCGCCUACAGUGUUCCCAGUCUGAUAAAUACACAUAAUUUGUAUUAUUAUUAUUGAGGCUUGUUGCUGCGCGAGCUGCCCGGAUUUGGCUGCACAUCAGAGCUUUAGGUGAUUAGCUAUAAGGCUAGUUCACGUUUAUUCAUUAACUAAUCCAGCGAUAACAACCUCGAGACGAGUCGGAACAAGACCAGUCUCAGGUCUCUUCAUACUCAAUGAGCGUGCAGCGCAAUGUCAGAGCGCUCUGGGCAAACAGCAAAGGGGAAGGAUGGCAAAACCAAGUAUGCAUCUCUCAACCUGUUUGAUACCUACAAAGGAAAGAGCCUUGAAGUACAAAAGCCUGUUGUUGCCCCUCGUCAUGGCUUGCAGUCUCUCGGUAAAGUUGCCUCUGCACGGCGCAUGCCCCCCCCAGCCAACCUGCCAAGUUUGAAGGCGGAGAAUAAAGGCAACGACCCCAACGUCUCACUCGUUCCCAAAGACGGCACAGGAUGGGCAAGCAAGCCAGAAUCAGCAGACCCAAAGAGUACCGAUGCAUCAUCAGCACCGCAGCCGGAGUCGCAGCAGCCUGCGGCUUCACAGACACCUGCACCGAGCCUGCCGAGAACACCUCCAGCUCAAGAGGCCCAAACUACAGCUACAGUCGCAGGGACAAGGUCCUGGGCUCAGGCCAGUGUUACUCUUGGAGCACAAGGAGAUGGUGGAAAGGGAUCAAACCAACCAUCGCCAUUCUCUCGCGAGGAAUUUCCCACCCUGCAGGCGGCGGGAGACCAGGACAAAGCUGGCAAAGAACAGGCCACUGCAGAUCAGUGGUAUGGGCCAGGACCAAGCCUCCGCCCCCAGAAUGUGACGAGUUGGCGGGAUGGUGGGGGCCGCUUAAUGGCGCCCACCAUAGCUGGGGAGGGGGUAGCGGAGGGCGGUGUUGGGGGAGCCAUGGGAAUGGAGGGUGCAGCUGGGGCCCCUCUCCUUCAGAAUCCCACCCAUGGGCUACCUAGAAACCCGCCUGCAGGCAGCCCCACUCUUCCCCUCCCUCAGCCGGUUGGCCCGCAGUUCCCUCCUUACAGAGGAAUCCUGCCCCCCUUUAUGUUCCCUCCUUACUUGCCCUUCCCAACUCCAUAUGGUCCACAAGGGCCGUACAGGUAUCCACCUCCCAGUGAGGCCCAUAGAUUCUCUCGUUCGCAGUGUGGGCCUGCAACCGAGGGGAGGCCACCUGGUGGCCCCCAUGGUGAGGUGGUCAAACGCCCCUCUAUCCUAAAACAGGAUGACCUCAAGGAGCUAGAUGAACUUGACCAUGAUGGAGAUGAAGGAUGGGCUGGGGCACAAGAGGAAAUCGACUACUCAGCCAAGUUAAAGUUCAGCGAUGAUGAAGGUGAAGAUGAGAGGGAUGAAGAGGAGGAUGAAAGCAAAAAUGGAAUUCUGGAACAAAGGGAGCAGCAGAAAUCCCAUGAUGGACCUGCCCCAAGUUCACGUUCCAGGGUAUCCGAGAGUGGAGGCAAUGCAAGGCAGACUCCUCCUGUCCCCAGUGACGACUUUACGCCAGCACCCUCCGGCAAGCCAAACUGGGCCGAGGAGGGAGGAAGCAACUGGGGUGGUCAGGCAAGCACUGGAUCCUACCAGGAACGGUCCACAAACCAGUCAGCACCCCAGAAGCCAUCUGGUGCUCAGGUCCAGCAGCACAAGGGACCUACACCUCCUCCAUCAAAUGCUCUGCAAAAUCAGACGCAGGGUGAGGAUGAAGAUGAGACAUGGCGCCAGCGGAGAAAGCAGUCAUCGUCAGAGAUAUCUGCAGCUGUCGAGCGUGCCCGGCGUCGUCGUGAGGAAGAGGAGCGCAGGAUGGAAGAAGAGCGCCGUGCUGCAUGUGCUGAAAAGUUAAAGAGGCUUGACGAAAAGCAGCAGCAGCAGCAACGACAACAGCAGCAGCAGCAACCACCACCGCAGCAGCAGCAACCACAGCAGAAGCCCAGUGCUGCUGUUGACAUUCCUGCAAACAGCCCCACUCCUUCCCUUACUGCUUCAGUCUCUUCAUCUAGCACCAGUCAUCCCCCUUCACCCUGUGUGGACACAGAGGAACCACCUCUUGCAUCUGUUCAGUUGGGUGGUGCUACACUGGCACUGACUGCUAAUAACAGACAAAGAGCUGGCAGCAACAGUAGCUAUGACUCGAACACUGAGCUUGCUCAGCCUCCUGCCUCCCAACAUCAGCAGCCCCAUGAUGUCCCAGUACCAGGGGAAGUCAAAGAGGAGCCAGUGUCUAGCAGCACACACAUUCGCAGCAACAGAAGUGGAGAUGAGAUAGCGAAGGUAGAGGCAAUUACAGGGGGAACAGGAAGGCCAGGUGGUGGAAUGACUGGCCAGGGCUUUUCCAAGUAUCAGAAGUCCCUCCCACCCCGGUUCCAGAGGCAACAACAGGAACAGCUCCUGAAACAGCAGCAGCAGCAGUGGCAGCAUCAGCACAGCCAGGCGGCCCAAGCACCCCAGCAGGGCCCAACUCCUGGUGCCGCACCACAGCCUGGUCCUAAACAGCCUACUUUAUACCCCCCUGGCUCCAUGGGAAGGCCUCCACCUUUGGCUAUGAACUUUGAUCCUCGGUGGGUGAUGAUGCCUUACAUGGACCCUCGCAUGAUGCAGGGGCCUCGCCCCCCGCCCAUGGAUUAUUAUUCAGCCAGCAUGCAUCCCACCGGGCUGAUGAGUCGGGAGCGCUCAGAUUCUGGUGGCUCUGGCUCAGAGCAGUUUGACCGGCAGCAGCAUAGCGGUCCCCCUCAUCCUCAUCGUGGCACACCACCCAUGGAUCCUAAAUUGGCUUGGGGACCAGAGGUUUUCCCAGGGAGCGGAGAGGGUCGGGCUCUGAGUUCACCUUUAAGGCAGAAACAAGCUCUUGAGGAGGAGGAUAUGGGCAAAGGUGUCAGGAGUGACACUCCUCCAGUGCGCAGUCGAGAGGGAGGUACAGGUUCCAUUCAACCACCUGGUGUGGGCACUAACUCUCCUGCUGGCUCCACGGAUCAGGCGGUAUCCCCUGUGAGGACUCAAGCUAACCAUCACCAGCCCUUUCUGGGAGGGCGUGCAAAUUACAGCAGCUUCCCGGAUAAUGGAUCCAGGAUGGUUUCUCACCCACAGCAGAGGGUUAAUGGUGCUGGAGAUCUUUGUGGCUUUGGACAUCAAGAUGAAGCCCUGCAGGGUGGCCAGCAGAGUCAAAUCUGGGGUGCUUCACAUACCCACUUUGACCGCAAUGGUCGUGCUGAUCUUACUUCCUUGGAGAACAACCCCCAUUUGCAGCAUCACCAUGCUCAUCCCCCACACUACACUCUCCAUAUACACAAGCAGGAGAAUAGUAGAGAGCGGGAGAGAGGAGUAGAGCCCAAGAAGACUGAAACAUCCCCUCCACUUCCCUUGCCAUGCCUUUCUUCUUCCUGCUCUUCUUCUUCUUCAUCCUCUUCAGCCAGAGAAGAUGGCAGCAGCAAGCAGUCACUACAUGACCCCCCACCCCAGCAUGAGCAUGUCACUGGGCCCAGGGGUGUUGGACGGAAACAGGACAAAACAGGGAAUACCUACCCUCACACACAGUCCUCCCAGCAUUCAGUGCAGCAUCACCACCACCACCACCACCCCAAAUCUAACUCUCGUGGGCGGGAGCAAAAGACUGAAACUCAGUGGGGCCCAAGGCCUGGAAGCAGUAGUGCAAGUGGUGGAGCUGCACAUAAUAGAAAGGGAGGCUCUGGAAUGGGUGGAAACACAGGAGGGGAAGACAUGCCAAAUCAAAUUGAUAAGGCUGCUGUCCAAUUAGGAGGUGGCAACCCCAACAAGCGAGUGGGUCCUAUUAAGCGUCCUGUGCUGAAGGAAAUGAAGAGGGAGGUUGGUGAAGGUGAGGGAGGAGAGAAAAACACUGUUUCCUUUGUAAAGGAUAAAGACCAAGAUGCCAGUCAUGCGUCAUUCAAGCAAGUGUCAGUGUCCAGUUCUCAAGCUUCAUCUGGACCUUCUAGUAAGGAUGAAACUGUUCCUCUAGGAAAGCCAAGAAAUGGUGGAAAGGAGCGAGGUGCUGGUGGGGGUAAAGCAUCCAAAGAAGGAGAAAACCCUGUUCAAACCAUUGCCUCUUUAGCUCCACAUUCAAGGAGGGACAGAGAGCAUUCUUAUGAGACAAGUGGCAGUGCAGGGGGUGCUAUAUACCAUGCCGGCUCUUCACGAGGAAACCGAGCAAACCGUGGAAGGGGUGAGUUCUAUGGCCGAGGCAGAGGCUACAGGGGCAGUUACACAGGCAGUGCCCGUGGUAGGGUAGGAGGCAGAAGCAGCCGAGACUACAGAUCCACUGCCAGCAGUGGUUAUCAGCAUGGUUCCUCCAACCAAGAUCAUAAGAGGGAGGGGUCUUCUGGCAGACAUGGACAAGGAGGCUCUCAGCCAAACCCUGGACGUGCCAGAAACCACAGCGAAACCCGAAGCGAGGGCUCAGAGUAUGAAGAAGUGCCGAAAAGAAGAAGGCAAAGGGGUUCUGAAACCGGCAGUGAGAGUGCUGCUAGUGACCUUGCACACUCUGACAAGGAGGAUCGUAAGCCAACUGCCAAGAAAGGAACAGGGGGAGAGAAUAUAGGCAUGGGUAAUGCAUCCUCUUCAGCACCACCCAGAAAUACCCAAACCAGAGUGUUUACUCCUAGAGGAGUGCCAUCUAGACGUGGCAGGGGUGGAGGUGCCGCUGGUGGUGGUAUCUGUAGAAGUUCAGGCAGUGGAGGAGGUAUGUCUGGAGGACACCGUUCCGGGCCUGGUUUUUCUCAAGGUGUGUCUGCUAAAUCCUCUGCAUCAGCUCGAAAGCAGCACAUACCCCCACCGACUUCCUUAAUUAAAGAACCAAGCCAUGGAUCUAAUGGGGAAAAGAAAGAGAAGGCAACUGAGCAGGGUCCGUCUCAGAACCAUGGUGUAAACUCUUCAGUAAUCUCUGAUCAUACAGUACCUGCAACUGCCCAGUUGGGCACUGAAAAUGGAGGUGUGGCCCAAACCUUAAACAGCUCCAAUUCCUCUGGUUCCAAACUAGUUCCUUUGCCUAAUACAGAUGGGAGAAACAUACUGAAUAGAGGAUUUGAGCGCCCUCCUCGUCGCAGGCGCCAUGGCCGUUCCCAACAUCAGCAAGACAAGCCCCCCAGGUUCCGCCGGCUUAAACAGGAGCGGGAGAACGCAGCCCGUAUAAAUGGAAGUAGUGGAGUAAUUGAAGCUGUGGGUGGGCAACAACAGCAGUCUGCAUCUCUAACCCAGAAUCCAAUUCAAGAUGGAACACCUAAUGUGCCCACCACCACCAGUAUUGCGAAUGCAAAUCCCAAUAUGUCUGCAACCAACAAUAACAAUAGCGGUUAUCUUGGGGGUGGGAGCCUGAAUUUGAAUAGUCACCACCAUCACCACCAGCACCAUUACCAUGGCAACUCUGGCUUGCCCCAUUCUCAGCACCACCAUAACCACAACCAGACUGGUGGUGCCAAAUCUCCAGAUGUCUCCAACCAGAACUCUGAUCAGGCCAAUGAGGAAUGGGAAACUGCUUCUGAAAGCAGUGACUUUGCAGAGUUUCGAGAGAAGGAAGGUGGGGGAGGAGGUGGUGGAAAACCGUAUCCUUCCUAUCACCAUCACCAUCCUUCGGGAAGAGGAAGUGGAGGAGGGGGCGGGGUUGACCGAGAGGUGACUACUAAAGAAUCUGCCGCCAAUAAGAGGAGCUUCUCCAGCCAACGGCCUGGAAUGGAAAGGCAGAAUCGGAGGGUUAGUGCUGGUGGCAGUGGCGGUCGAGGUUCCAGAGGUCCACCUACCGGUGGUGGAUCUGGUGGUGUAUCGGGUAAUGGAGGGGCCAAUCGUGGUGAGAGGCGUGGCAACUGGCCAUCUCCCAAGAACAGGAAGUGAAUCCCCCGCCCUGUCACCUUCCCUUUUAAUUUAGCAACAUUUCAAAUUCAUCCCUCUUUUUCUCUUCCCACUCAUCUAUCAAUUCUUGUCCCCUAACAUAUUACCACAUUAUUAUUAUUGUACAAGAUAUAGUUAUGAGGAUGAUGUACACACUCAUUCUAGCACCCAUGCUUUGUGUCUUGUCUUUUUUAUUUGUCCAUGCACACCUCCUUUCCUUUUACAAGCCCAAAGUUCUACUCACGUUAAAUGUCACAUUACCUUAAUUGACAACUCCUUCAAAUAAAGAAAAUGUUUGCAUAUACAAGCACAAUAUGACCUCAAACUGACACACGGAUGCUCAACAUGUGACUGCAGUGUGUAGGAGGCCUACAUUAGUAGCAUGGAGUAGUGUCUGGAAGUAUUUAUGGAAGGCCAAUGUUUGUGAUGUCCCUGUGUAUUUAUACGAUGUUGGGGGUUUAACAGUUCGGCAUAUUUUUCAGGUUCAGGGUUAGGUCUGCAGUUAAUCUUUUUAAUAUGAAUAUGUUUCAUAGAUUUACUUUUUCCUCCUUUUUGUGUCGUCUUUUACCUCAUUGUUUACAUGACAAUUCCCUCCCUUUAAAAGUUAGGGCUGUAAUGUUUCUUUUUCUCUGCAAAGCAGGUCAUUAAAAUAAAUUUUUAAUCAAAAUCCUUCCUGAUUUUUUUUUUUUCCUUUUGUUUCAGUUCAUUGCUAAUUUCUGCUUGCCCAACCUGUGAAUACACACGUUCCCGUUUUCCAUCUCAAACAUCACUUCUGUAGCGCCUUGUUCACAACUAUAUAGUGUGACUUUUUUUAAUUCAAGGUUGUUUGGAUGAUGAUUCUCUGCUUCUGCUUUUUUUUUUUUUCUCCUUCUUGUUUCUUUUGUUUUUCUCCAUAAAUUGUUGGCUGUUUGAGCCUCUGCAUAGAAUAAUCUAUUAUUUUCUAGCAAAGGAGUUCAUUUGUUUUUUGGUUCAGGGAAAAAAAAAGUUUUCCAACUAUAAGAUGACUGAAUACGUGGGCUUUGAUAACUUUUACUUGUUCUUUACCCCCAUCCAGGAACAUCAAUUUAUUUCAUUAUAAGGCUUUUUUUUUUUUUAUUUACCAGCCUACUCUUGUUCUACUUUACAACAAGGAAUACUAUACUGAUUAUUUGAAGAUCCAUCUAGUUUAAACUUGCUUUUACCCUCACACUCCUAAUCAUCCAAAAAAAAAAAUCUCUGCCAUGUUUUGUGCAUCUAUUAAGUGUCAUAUUAUGGUUCAUUUUACACCACAAUUGGCAGUGAGUCUUGCUAUUGUUGCAUUUGCUCACCAGUUCUGGUAAAUGUAGAGAAAAAGCAAGCGCUCUGUCCAAUGUCCGGUUACCAUCCAUUUAGUUUCGAUUACAUCACGCAUUUAAAAGUAGUAGUACAACAAACCUAAGUGCUGCCUCUGCUCGACAUGGUGAAUCUGGAGUAUCGGACAUCUCAGUAGGACUGAAUAGCAGACAUUUCACACGUGAAUUUCAUGUCAUCUUGUUAAAACAUUAUUAAAAUAUAACAAUUAUUUUAACCAAUAGGUUUGUCACCCUUUUUUUGAAAAGUAUUGCAAAUGUUAACAUGCAAUACACCUAAGAAGUUACUUAAAAGCUGCAUGUACUCACACAAAAAAGAAAUUAAUAAACCCUCAAGUACACAUCUGAAUUGUAACAGGUGUAAGGACAUGCCCUUGUGUAUUCUGACCAGCAUAGAUAUUUUACUACUGCUGUAAGUUGGGGUUUGUUUGCUGGAUAUGCCUGUGUUUGGAGAGUAGUUUGAAUAACUAAAUAGAGCUUAUAAAUGAAAUGUACAAGUGUAUAGGGCAACUGACAUGCGUGUGUGUGUUUGCAUUAUUUCUACUGUAUGUAUAUUUUUUUUGGGGUGGGUAGGAUUUUUUUUUUCUUUUUUUUGUGGGACAGUUAUGUCUUUUUAACCCUUUUGUGGGAUGAUAUUAGGAUGUUUAAACUGUGUUCCUUCUAUACACUCAUGGAUAUGCAUUCAAGUGUGUGUAUGUUUAUCCAAAUGAAGUACUUGCAGUGAAAAAUCAGUUAACAUUCUUCUGUCUCUGGUUUAUUUUUCUUGGGGAGGGUGCUUCACUGACAUUUUAGCAUGGACACAUCCUCAUUAGCAUCUCGGAGAACCUGAACAUUAACAGCCAUGCAUCAGGCUCCGAGUUCUAUUAUCUUCCCUUCUAAAACAUUUAGCUGUCUAUCAAUGUGGUCAUUAUCGUAUGUACCCAUGUUAAUGAGUAAAUAAUACUACCCUUUCAAGCGUAUUCCUGGAAUACUCAAAGAUUGUACUAUACUUCCGACCGCGCUAAGGUACCUGGAGUGGUUACGUUUAUAGCAUUUAUGGUUUAUUACUGGAGCCUUGAUAUACACUCAUGUAUGUAUAUUGGUAUGUAUCUAAGUUCGUCUACCCCAACUUACAUUCCCAGAAACGAUUGUUGCCAUUUUUAAGUUCAUGGGAGCAAUGUACAAGCAGAGAAGUGUCUUAUUAUAAUAAAAUAUACAGAGAAAAAGAAUUAAAUAAAAAUCUUUUUGUUUUAAUGGAAA